AAAACCCCCUCAAAUUAGAAUCUUGUAUAUUCAUCAGAUGUUUUCGUUUGUGUUCGUUGUUCUCCUUGUGGCUAUCAUUGCCCACACGCAAGCGCUCGAAUGUUACCAAGGACUUGAACACGGUUUUCCUCCACCGUCAAGACGGCUAUGCCCACCCGGAACGAGAUAUUGUUUUACAAGAACGUCAACAACAGAGUCCAAGCAGAUAAUCUCAACCCUAUACAGCUGUGGUACUUUCGCUGAUUGCAAGAAAAAAGGCUGCGAAACACGUAAACUUAAUCCGCCGAACUAUGCUCGCUACGUAAAAAUGUGCUGCUGUGCUUCUGAUGGUUGCAACAAAAGCUAAACAAAAGGGACACCUACAAUAAGUUGUGCCAGUAAUCUCCAAAUUUUGGGCUUUUUUUGGGCGGAAUAAAUCUGUUUGCAAU